GGGUGUCCUUCCAGUUCCCUGUUUCCAACCUCUCCACUGGCUGACCCAGGCCGCUUUCUGCUUUCUGCUGCCUGUUGCGACGAACCAACGCGCCCCUCCUUGUGCCCAGCUUUUCCAGUCCCGAGCGCAGGCGUAUGUUGGUUGUGUUGAAGCUAUGGAGAAACUCUGUGGGCGUGUGCCUGUCCACUCAGACAUCCUCUCCUUGGAGAACCAAUGCCUGACCAUGCUCCCUGACCUCCAGCCCCUGGAAAAACUACAUGGAUGUACAUCUGUCCAUCCAGACAUUCUCUCCUUGGAGAACCGGUGCCUGACCAUGCUCCCUGACCUCCAGCCCCUGGAGAAACUGCAUGGACACACAUCUGUCCACCCAGACAUCCUUUCCUUGGAGAACCGGUGCCUGUCUAUGCUUCCUGACCUCCAACCCCUGGAAAAACUGCAUGGACAUAUGUCUAGUCACUCAGACGUCCUGUCUUUGGAGAACCGAUGUCUAGCUACCCUAUCCACUGUAAAGAGCACUGUAUCUACCAGCCCCUUGCUUCAUGUAUCUCACAAGAUGCAAGCUGAUGUGUGUAGCCCGCACACUAGCAGUUGUCUGUUCCCCGAGCCUCCUUCCAAGAAGGUUCCGUGUUUCUCUGACAAUCUAGACCUUCCAACUUGUUCCAGGGCUCCGAAAUCCAUCUCUGCUACUACUCAAGUUCAAGAAGCAGCUUUGGGUCAGUGGCACUUCUCAGAAGACAAGAAAGUGCAGGAAGAGAAAGAGAGAGGACAAGUCCAAAUGCCUCUCUAUAGUCUAAGCCUGGGAGAGGAAGAGGAGCUGGAUGCACCCGUCCUGAAACUCACAUCUGGAGACUCGGAAUCUUAUCCCGAAACCACUGACCGGGUCCUCCAGGAAAAGAAGAUGGCUCUCUUGACCUUACUGUGCUCUGCCCUGGCCUCACAUAUAAAUGUAAAAGAUGCAUCUGACCGUACCCGGGCAUCCAUCCUUGAAGUCUGUAGUGAGCUGGCCCCCUUGGAACCUGAGUUCAUCCUGAAGGCAUCUCUGUAUGCUAGGCAGCAGCUUAACAUCCGGGAAUUAGCCAAUGCAGUUUUGGCUAUAGCUGCCUUCCUGCCGGCCUGCCGCCCCCAUGUGCGACGGUAUUACUCGGCCAUUGUUCACCUGCCCUCCGACUGGAUCCAAGUAGCCGAGUUCUAUCAGAGCCUGGCAGAAGGAGAUGAGAAGAAGCUGGUGCCCCUGCCUGCCUGCCUCCGCGCUGCCAUGACCGACAAAUUUGCCCAGUUUGAUGAGUACCAGCUAGCUAAGUACAAUCCACGGAAACACCGAGCCAAGAAAUGUCCUCGCCGGCCACCCCGACCCCAAAAAACAGAACAACCAUUUUCAGAGCGAGGGAGAUGUUUUCCAAAGAGCCUUUGGCCCCUUAAAAACGAACAGAUUAUGUUUGAAGCAGCUUACAACGCGGCGCCAGCGAAAAAAAGUCCGCCAAGGUUCACUCUGAAGAAGUUGGUAGAGCAAUUGCACAUCCAUGAGCCUGCCCAGCACGUCCAGGCCCUGCUGGGCUACAGGUACCCAGCCACCCUAGAGCUCUUUUCUCGGAGUCACCUCCCUGGGCCGUGGGAUUCUAGCCGAGCUGGGCAGCGGAUGAAGCUCCGAAGGCCAGAGACCUGGGAGCGGGAGCUGAGCUUGCGGGGGAACAAGGCUUCUGUCUGGGAGGAACUCAUAGACAAUGGGAAACUCCCCUUCAUGGCCAUGCUCCGGAACCUGUGUAACCUGCUGCGGACUGGGAUCAGUGCCCGCCACCAUGAACUUGUUCUUCAGAGACUCCAGCAUGAGAAAUCUGUGAUUCACAGUCGGCAGUUUCCCUUCAGAUUCCUUAAUGCUCAUGAUUCUAUCGAUAAACUUGAGGCUCAACUCAGAAAAAACGCAUUGCCCUUCCCUUCCAAUACAACAUUGAUGAGGCGGAUAAUGAUCAGAAACUCAAAAAAUAUCAAGAGGCCUGCCCACCGGAGGCGCCUGUGCACCCUGACGCGUCGGCAGCUCCGUGUGGCCAUGACUAUACCUGUGAUGUACGAACAGCUCAAGUGGGAGAAGCUGAGGCUGCACAAGGCCAGACAGUGGAACUGUGAUGUUGAGUUGCUGGAGCGGUAUCGCCAGGCCCUGGAAACGGCUGUCAACCUCUCUACGAAGCACAACCUGCCCCCCAUGCCAGGCCGGACCCUCUUGGUCUAUCUCACAGAUGUAAACGCCAACAGGCUCUGCCCCAAGAGUCACUCACGAGGGCCUCCCCUGAACUACGUGCUGCUGUUGAUCGGAAUGAUGGCAGCUCGGGCGGAGCAGGUGACGGUUUGGUUGUGUGGAGGAGGAGCUGUGAAGAUACCGGUCCUUGAGACCGAUGAAGGCAUCCUGAAGACUGCCAUCAAACUCCAGGCCCAAGUCCAGGAGUUGGAAGAAAAUGGUGAUUGGUCCCUGGACACUUUUGGGAAACACCUGCUGUCCCUGGCUGUCCAAAGGACCCCUGUUGACAGGGUCAUCCUGUUUGGCCAACAGAUGGAUACCGAGUUGCUGAAUGUAGCCAAACAGAUGAUCUGGCAGCAUGUGAACCCCAAGUGCCUCUUUGUUGGUGUCUUCCUACAGAAAAUCCAGUACAUAUCACCCAAUUUGAAUCCCAAUGAUGUGAUGCUCUCAGGCUGUACUGAUGGAAUACUGAAGUUCAUCGCGGAGCAUGGAGCCUCUCGUCUUCUGGAACAUGUGGGCCAACUAGAUAAAGUCUUCAAGAUUCCCCCACUCCCAGGAAAGACACAGGGCCUGUCCCUCCGGCCGCUGGAGGAGGACAUCCCAGGCCCCUUGGGUCUUCUUUCCCAGCAUGGGUGGCGCAACAUCCGGCUUUUCAUUUCGUCCACUUUUCGGGACAUGCAUGGGGAGCGGGACUUGCUGAUGAGAUCGGUCCUACCAGCUCUGCAGGCCCGAGUGUUGCCCCACCGCAUCAGUCUUCAUGCUAUUGACCUGCGCUGGGGUAUCACCGAGGAAGAGACCCGUAGGAACAGACAACUGGAAGUGUGCCUUGGGGAGGUGGAGAACUCAGAGCUGUUUGUUGGGAUUCUGGGCUCCCGCUAUGGCUACGUUCCCCCCAGCUAUGACCUGCCUGACCAUCCGCACUUCCACUGGGCCCAGCAGUACCCCUCAGGGCGUUCUGUGACAGAAAUGGAGGUGAUGCAGUUCCUGAAUCGUAGCCAACGCUGUCAGCCCUCUGCUCAAGCUCUCGUCUACUUCCGAGACCCUGGUUUCCUCAGCUCUGUGCCGGAUGCCUGGAAACCUGACUUUAUUUCUGAGUCAGAAGAGACUGCACAUCGGGUCUCAGAACUGAAGAGAUACCUACACCAACAGAAAGAAGUUACCUGUCGCGGGUACACCUGUGAAUGGGGAGGUGUAGCAGCUGGCCGGCCCUAUACUGGGGGCUUGGAGGAGUUUGGACAGUUGGUUCUCCAGGAUGUGUGGAGCAUGAUCCAGAAGCUUUACCUGCAGCCUGCGGCGGCCCAGUUGGAGCAGCCAGCGGCCAUGUUGGAUGAUGAUUCGAUCCAGGCCAGCUUUCAGCAGCUGAAGAACCCGCCCAGUCCUGCACGGCCACGCCUUCUUCAGGAUACAGUGCAGCAGCUGAUGCUGACCCGCGGGAGCCUGAGCCUGGUGACUGGGCAGGCAGGACAGGGGAAGACUGCCUUCCUGGCAUCCCUCGUGUCAGCGCUGGGGGCCCUCAGCCAGCCCCGCGUGCCCCCCUUAGUUUUCUUCCACUUUUCAGCAGCCCGCCCCGACCAGCGUCUGGCCCUCAGCCUGCUCAGACGCCUUUGCACCUAUCUGCAUCGAAAACUGCGAGAGCCCAGCGCCCUCCCCGGCACUUACAGAGGCCUGGUGUGGGAACUGCAGCAGAGGCUGCUCCCCAAAUCCGCUCAGUCACUGAGACCCGGCCAGACCUUGGUCCUUAUUGUCGACGGGGCGGAUAAGUUGGUGGGUCAGAAUGGACAGCUGACUUCGGACUGGAUCCCCAAGUCCCUUCCCCGGCGAGUGCACCUGGUGCUGAGUGUGUCCAGUGACUCAGGCCUGGGAGAGACCCUUCAGCAAAGUCAGGGUGCUUCCGUGGUGGCCUUGGGGCCUCUGAUCCCGUCUUCGAGGGCUCAGCUUGUGAGAGACGAGCUGGCACUGUAUGGGAAACGGCUGGAGGAGUCGCCUUUCAACAACCAGAUGCGGCUGCUGCUGGUAAAGCAAGGCUCGGGCCUGCCCCUGUACCUGCACCUCGCCACUGACUACCUGAGGCUCUUCACACUCUAUGAACAGGUGUCUGAGCGACUUCGAACCCUGCCUGCCUCCCUCCCACUGCUGCUUCAGCACGUCCUGAGCACCUUGGAGCAAGAACAUGGCCACGAUGUCCUUCCUCGAGCUCUGGCUGCCCUUCAGGUCACGCGUAGCGGUCUGACCGUGGACCAGCUGCACGCAGUGCUGAGCACAUGGCUGAUUUUGCCCAAGGAGACGAAGAGCUGGGAAGAAGCAGUGGCUGUUGGUCACAGUAGAAACCCUUACCCCUCGGCUCCAUUUGCCUACCUUGUCCAGAGUCUACGAAGUUUACUAGGGGAGGGCCCUGUGGAGCGCCCUGGCGCCCGUCUCUGCCUCUCUGCGGGGCCUCUGAGGACAGCCGUUAGACGGCGCUAUGGGAGAAGGCUGGGGCUGGAGAGGACUGCACACGUCCUUCUUGCAGCUCACCUCUGGAAGACAUGUGAUCCCGAUGCCUCAGGCACCUUCCGAAGUUGCCCUCCUGAGGCUCUCAAAGAUUUGCCUUUCCACCUGCUCCAGAGUGGGAACCGUGAUCUCCUCGCAAAAUUUCUCACCAACCUCCAUGUGGUAGCUGCCUAUCUGGAAAUGGGUCUAGUCUCUGACCUCUUGGAGGCCCAUGUGCUCUAUGCUUCUUCAGCGUCCGAAGUGAACCAGGAGCCCUUGGAGGCAGAUGUUGCUGUAUUCCACACCUUCCUCAGACAGCAGGCUUCGCUCCUUGCCCGGUACCCUCUGCUCCUGCUCCAGCAGGCGGCCAACCAGCCGGUAGAGUCCCCCGUUUGCUGCCAGGCCCCCCUGCUCACCCAGCGAUGGCACCUCCAGUUCACACUGCGAUGGAUUAAUAAACCCCAGACCUUGAAGGACCAGCAAAGCUUGUCUCUGGCAAUUUCCUCCCCGACCGCUGUGGCCUUAUCCCCUAAUGGGCAAAGAGCAGCUGUGGGCACUGCCAGUGGCACAAUUUACCUGUUGGACUCGAGAACCUGGCAGGAGGAGAAGGCGCUGGUGAGCGGCUGUGAUGGGAUUUCCUCUUUUGCGUUCCUCUCGGACAGUGCUCUCUUCCUUACUACCUUCGAUGGGCUCCUGGAGCUCUGGGACCUGCAGCAUGGUUGCUGGGUGUUCCAGGCCAAGGCCCACCAGUACCAGAUCACUGGCUGCUGCCUAAGCCCAGACCGACGCCUGCUGGCCACUGUGUGUUUGGGAGGAUACCUAAAGCUCUGGGACACAGUCCGUGGACAGCUGGCCUUCCAGCACACCUGUCCCAGAUCUCUGAACUGCGUUGCCUUCCACCCAGAGGGGCAGGUGGUAGCCACCGGCAGCUGGGCUGGCAGCAUUACCUUCUUCCGGGCAGAUGGACUCAAAGUCAUCAAGGAACUCGGAACCCCAGGGGCCUCUGUCCGCACUCUGGCAUUCAGUGCCCCUGGGAAGUCUGUGGCUGUCGGCCGGAUAGAUGGGGCCGUGGAGCUGUGGGCCUGGCAGGAGGGUACGCGGCUGGCGGCCUUCCCCGCACACCGUGGCUCUGUUGCUGCUCUUCUUUUCUUGCACGCUGGAGGCCGGUUCCUGACGGCUGGAGAAGAUGGCAAGGCUCAGUUAUGGUCAGGAUUUCUUGGCCGGCCCAGGGGUUCCCUGGGCUCUCAUCCUCUGUCUCCUGCACUCUCUGUGGCUCUCAACCCAGACGGUGACCAGGUGGCUGUUGGGUACCGAGAAGAUGGCAUUAAAAUCUACAACAUUUCUUCAGGUUCCCAGGAGACUCGGUGUCAGGUGCUAAAUGUGGCAGUGUCCGCACUGGCCUGGUUGAGUCCCAGCGUUUUGGUGAAUGGUGCAGAAGAUGGGUCCCUGCAUGGCUGGGUGCUCAAGGGACGCUCCCUUCAUUCCCUGUGGCUGUUAUCCCAGCACCAGAAGCCUGUGCUUGGACUGGCCACCUCCCAGGAACUCUUGGCUUCUGCUUCAGAGGAUUUCACAGUGCGACUGUGGCCCAGGCAGCUGCUGACACAGCCACGUGAGGCAGAAGACUUUCCCUGUGGUGCUGAGCUCCGGGGCCACAAGGGCCCAGUGUGUUGCUGUAGCUUCAGCCCUGAUGGAGGCCUUUUGGCCACUGCGGGCAGGGAUCGGAAUCUCCUCUGCUGGGACGUGAAGAGAGCCCACGCCCCUCUUCUGAUUCACUCCUUCUCUUCCUGUCACCGUGACUGGGUCACUGGCUGUGCAUGGACCAAAGACAACCUGCUGGUCUCCUGCUCUAGUGACGGCUCUGUGGGACUCUGGGAUCCAGAGUCAGGACAGCAGCUUGGUCAGUUCCUGGGUCACCAGAGUGCCGUGAGCACCGUGGCUGCUGUGGAGGAACACAUAGUGUCUGUGAGCCGGGAUGGGACCUUGAAAGUGUGGGACCGUCAGGGCGUGGAGCUGACCAGCAUCCCUGCUCACUCGGGACCCAUCAGCCAGUGUGCGGCUGCCCUGGAGCCCCGCCCAGCUGGACAGCCUGGAUCGGAGCUUCUGGUGGUGACUGUUGGACUGGACGGGGCCACAAAGUUGUGGCAUCCCCUCUUGGUGUGCCAAAUGCGCACCCUCCAGGGACACAGCGGUCCGGUCACGGCCGCUGCUGCGUCCGAGGCCUCAGGCCUCCUGUUGACCUCAGAUAACAGCUCUGUCCACCUCUGGCAGAUCCCCAAGGAAGCAGAUGAUACACACAAACCUGGGAGUUCUGUGGUCAUCACUGCUGUGGCAUGGGCACCAGAUGGUUCUCUGGCAGUGUCUGGAAAUGAAGCUGGGGAGCUAACUCUGUGGCAGGAAGCCAAAGCCGUGGCGACAGCACAGGCUCCGGGCCGCGUCAGUGACCUGAUCUGGUACUCGGCACAUUCAGUCUUUGUUCUCAGUGCUAAUGAAAAAAUCAUCGAGUGGCAGGUGGAGCUGACGGAGGGUCCGACGCCCAGAAACCCCAGUCUUCACAUGAAGCGAGUUCUACAGGACGACUUGGGAGUCUUGACAGGUCUGGUUCUGGCCCCUGAUGGCCAGUCUCUCAUCUUAAUGAAGGAGAAUGUGGAAUUACUACAGAUGAAGCCUGGGUGUACUCCAACUAGGAUCUGCAGGAAGUAUGGAGUGCGUUCUUCAGUCCUGUGCAGCAGCAAGGAGUCCGGCGUAUUUUACCUGCAGCAGGAGGACUCUGGAUAUCUUUCUUUCUUGGAGCAGAAGGAGUCAGGAGAGUUUGGGGAGGCCCUGGACUUCGAUCUGAACUUAAAGAAUCCUAAUGGGUCCCCGGUAUCAAUCACGCAGGCCAAACCUGAGUCUGAGUCAUCAUUUCUCUGUGCCACCUCUGAUGGAAUGCUGUGGACCGUAGCUGAGUGUACUGCAGACGGAGGAGAAUGGAUUGUAGGUAACACUUGGCAGAAAGAAGCAAAAACACCUAAAACUCAGACUCCAGAGACAGAUUCAUCUGAGUCAAAUUCCUCCAUGGAGAGCUGGCAGGAACCCAGACAUUUGAAGGCACAUCAGUGUAAAAAGAUCCACUUGGGCGCAGUCACGGCCCUCCAUGUGCUUCCUGGAUUGCUGGUGACUGCUUCGAAGGACAGAGAUGUUAAGCUGUGGGAGAGACCCAGUAUGCAGCUGUUGGGUUUGUUCCGAUGUGAUGGGCCAGUGAGCUGCCUGGAACCUUGGCUGGGGCCCAACUCUACCCUGCAGCUUGCCGUGGGAGACACUCAAGGAAACCUGUAUUUUCUAUCCUGGGAAUGACAAUGCGGUACGCGGGACAAAGAUGACGUCACUUGUACUAGAUGAUGCAAACUGGAAGACACCAGUGUCUACAUUCUUUUUUUUUUUUUGGUUUUUCGAGACAGGGUUUCUCUGUGUAGCUUUGCGCCUUUCCUGGAGCUCACUUGGUAGCCCAGGCUGGCCUCGAACUCACAGAGAUCCGCCUGGCUCUGCCU